CCCCCUUCCCGCCUUCCCCCUCCGUGAGGCGGUGGCGCCGGGGGGGCUCCGUGUCCCGGCACUUCCCGCUGGGCUUUUCCAAACUGGGGCCAAACUGCCCCCUUCGUCCCUCUGGCGGAGCUCCUCGCCGCCCGGGAUGGGGUUGUGCGACUGCCCUUGCGCCGCCCUUUCCUUCCCGGGGGAUCCCCAGCGCCGUGUUUCCUCUGCGCCUCAGCAGUCGGGGGUAGCCAAGGGCGUGUUUUUCCACCUUUGCUCAGGAAAUAUUCAACAUUAAGUAACAUGUCUUCCACCAAACCUCCAAAUGAAAAUGGAACGCCCAAAGAGAGAAAACCAGGACUGAGGAGUGUUCAGACAACUAUGCUUUUCCGAGCUGUGAACCCAGAGCUUUUCAUUAAACCUAACAAACCUGUGAUGGCAUUUGGCCUGAUAACAAUUAGCCUCUGUGUGGCCUACCUUGGUUAUUUGCAUGCAACAGCAGAGAAUAAAAAGGACCUCUACGAAGCAAUCGACAGUGAGGGGUCCAGGUAUAUGAGGAGGAAAACUUCCAAGUGGGACUGAGAAUGUAAGAAAGGAAAUCAGUAAAUCACUCACAGAACUUUUCAAGGCAACUACUGUUUUUUCUCUUUCCCUUGAAAUAAUGGAUAAAUGUCUCUCUUGCUAUUUAAUGCAAUUCGAGUUCCUUUAUAAAAUGCUGUGCCUGUACAAAUAAACUGCCGUAAAGAUACCUGUGAAAAUAAAAGUGAUUUUAAGAAUU